CAAGUGCCAAAGAAAAAGAGGGGGGGUUGGGUUGUAAAUUGUAAUAAAUAAAGAAUGGAGAAAAAGAAAAGAAGCACAUUGCCAACCCCAUCCCCAUCUUUGAGUCAGAAGUUGCAGCAAAAGGCUCCUCAUUCCUCUCAACCCAAAUGAAACUUCCUCCUCUUUCUUCACCUCUCUUCUCAUCCUACUCAUACUUCACCUGGAUUUGUUCAUGCAAGAUCCAAAGAAGUCACAAGCAAGAGAAGCAGAAGCAGAGCCAUGACGUCAUUAAUGUUGACAUGCACUUGUUUUUGCUUAGGAAUAAUAAGCCUUGGUAUCAAAGAGCAAGAGAGAUGGGCAUGGGCAGUCUAUGGAGAAGCAUCAACAAUAACAAUUCAAAGUCCACACAAGUUCCAGCAGCAGCAGCUGCAGCAGCAAAUUCAACGCUAUGGAAAACCCUAGUCAAUGCCAAAAGCAGUCCCGGCACAAACCCUAAUAAUUUUCCUGCACCAAAUUCCAACUCCAAUUCCAAUUCCAAUUCCAAUAAUGUUAGGCAUAAACUGAGAAAAUGUACCUCUCUAAAGGUUGCCACGUCAUUUACAAGGGUGUGUCUUUGUGCACCAAUAUCUUCCUACAAUGAGGUCUUUAGGGCUGAGCUUCCCCCAAGAAGAAGCAACAGCUACCCAAGAAUGGGGUCCUAUUCCAAGCCAUUGGGCACAACAACUACUUCUAGUGCCGGCAUUGCGCAAGCACGGCUUAGCACUGAUCAUCCAGGAAUUAGAAGAGUGUUUCGGGGAAAGUCGCUGACUGACGACGUUUUGAUGAGAAGGUUUGUGGUGGAAGAAGAAGCAAUGAUGCAGGUUAGAAGGAGAAAUCAAAUGGAAGUCAUAAGGAGAAGAAGUGUGAUGAGGAGGAAGAGGCUUGGGCCUAGUCCUCUUUGUAGAAUGGCUUUGGCUGAGGAGGAUUAAUUAAUUUUCAGCUUUUCCCUAAAAUAAUUUUCAGCUUUCCUCUCUCUGGUAUAUCUUUCCCAGAAAAUUAAAUAUUUUUUUGAUGGUGUAGCAUUAUUGGUUGGUGUACAAGUUUUAUGGGAAAUAUUAUGGUCUCUAAAUUCUAAAUGCUAACGAAUGAUUCAA